AUGUCGUCGACCGACAAUGGACUCAGAUCCCCGCCUCCCGUCCAUAAUAUCCCCCUGAAUGAUCUUGAAUACGGCCUCAAUCGCCGUUCCCACGCCGCCAGUUGGUCGGACCUGGCCGACCCGGCGGCCCUCGCCCCUCACGUCAAGCAACAUCUGGAUCACGGCCUCGACCAUCUCGAUAAAUUCUUCACGCAGGUGGCCAUCUUCAUUACCCCGAGUUACCUCCAACAUUAUGUCGGCGGUCGGCCUCAGCCCCCAACGAAACCCCAUGCUAUCGCGGCGCUGGACGGCCUGCGCGGCUGGGCCUGCUUGCUCGUCUUCAACUUCCACUUCCUCUUCACAUACACCUGGAAGGUCGCCAUCGGUUGGGGGUUCAACAAUGAGAACUUCGGACUGCUACAGCUCCCCAUAUUGCAUAUGCUGGUGUCCGGCCAUAUCAUGGUGGCCAUCUUCUUUGUCAUCUCCGGUUACGUGCUCUCCUACAAGCCACUGAAGUUGAUCCGCAGUCGCUCUUGGGAACAGACAUUCACCGUCUUGGCUUCGUCCACCUUCCGUCGCGCACUCCGUCUCUACAUCCCAUCGGUGGUCGGCAUCCUUCUUGUCUUCGUCGCCGUGCGAUUGGGUGUUUACAACUACUCUCAGAAAGUCCUCGUGGAGGGCCACACCAUCCUGGGCACCAACGAACAACAUCCCCCAAUCAUGCGGUCUUUCUACAAACAAUACUGGGACUGGUACCUGACAAUCGCCCACCUGAUGGACCCCUUCAACUGGGGCCUCUACUACAACUACUAUAACCCGCACCUGUGGACCAUUCCGGUCGAGUUUCGCAGCUCCAUCGUGCUCUUCCUCACCAUCCUGGCCACCUCCCGCCUGACAACGACCGUGCGUCUCUCCCUUGUCAGCGGGCUAGUCUGGUUCUGCAUGCGCUGGGGUCGCUGGGACAUUGUCCUCUUCCUAUUUGGCAUGCUCAUGGCAGAAGUGGAUCUCAUCAACGGCACCUGGGAGCGGCCUGCGGAUGAGGGUGAGCCCUCGAAGCCCCGACCUGGCCACCGACGUUUCCUCCCCAAGCAGCAAAAUACCCUUCGGCAAUUACUUCCUUUCCAGCUCUCAACCCGCAACCUCUGGAUUGCCCUUUUCGUCCUAGGUCUCUACCUGGGAUCCGCCCCGAACACUGGCUACAAGUGGACUCCCUUCUACCGCUGGACUUGGAAGAUCACGCCCAAGACCUACCCGGAACCGCACCGUUUCCCCCAGACACUUGGUGCGGUCUUCAUCGUCUUCAGCAUCAACCACUCCAAGGACAUUCAAAAGCUCUUCACCACCUCAGUCUCUCAGUACCUCGGCAAGAUCUCCUUUGCCUUCUAUAUUGUCCACGGCCCCAUCCUCCACUCUCUGGGUUACUCACUCAUGCCAAACAUCUGGGCCUUGGUCGGCAAGGAGACCAACUUCCAGUACUGCCUGGGUUUCUUCAUUGGCUGGCUCAUCUGCCUGCCUGUCUCCCUGUGGGCUGGUGACAUCUUCUGGCGUGCAGUCGAUGUUCCUAGCGUCAGGUUUUCCCGCUGGCUUGAAGACAAGCUGAUUGUGAAAUCAACUAAAGUGGGGGCUUCAGGUGCGAAUUCACACCUGCAGUGA